AUGGGCCCCUCUUCAGAUGAGGGUCUUACCCUGCAGUACGUGACCAAACGAAUUAUAGCUGUCACCUCACCAUCGACUUCAUCGGAGAAGGUCUAUAAAGAAUCGUUGUCCAGGGUUGCGCAUCAAUUAAAAGCCGAUCAUCCGGGGACGUUUAAGAUCUGGAAUGUCUCCCGUGCCCGCAAGGACCUCUAUCGUCUCGGCCCUGUCGUUGAUGUCGGUUGGCCGUCUCCUUUGGCACCGCCCCUUGAUCGAUUAUGCGUAAUGUGCAAGCAAUGGGAGCAAUUCCUGGCCGAAUGCCCACAAGCCACCAUCGUCGUCCAUUCAAGAGGAGACCCAUCUAGAUCAGCCAUGACCAUCUGCGCCUACAUGCAUUAUAACGCGAUAUGUGCAAAUGACGAUGCCGUAGAUGAUCGAUUUUCCAUGCAAAGGUAUGCGGAUCGAUACCUCGGCGCACAGGGGCAACCUAGUCAUAAAAGGUACUUGACCUACUUCUCGAAUCUUCUAUCCGGCAAAACGCGCGUUAAUCCGGCCGCUAUUUAUUUACAGAAAAUUAUCCUCCAUCACCUCGUCGAAAAGAGCCUCUCGUUCAAAAUCUACGAAAAAAUGCGCCCGGUUUAUUCCACAAAUUUUGGCUCGGCAAAGGAUGUCUCAAAAUUUGACACUGAGCAAGAGGUGAAGCUCCGGGGCGACAUUCUCAUCAAGUGUAUCGCCAAUCGGGGUGAAAACAAGGAGACGCUCUUCUUCUGCCAGUUCAACACCUGCGCUCUCGAGCUCUUGGGCAAGACGCCGAGCCUGUCCUUCUUCAAGGAGGAGCUGGAUUUGAUAUUUGCUGAUCCUUCUAUCGACAACCAAUGCAAACUGGAGCUCAUCUUCUCCCUUGAUCCACCUCGUUCUCAACGCAAAAGAUCAACUACAUCCUCUUCAAUCGAUAUUUCAAGGGCUGAUAGCUACGAGAGUUUUGCCCUGCCAGAAGACGACGCCGACGAGCCGGUAGAAUACAGCCGCAUCGCCAAGCCGGUCAGCGAGGAUUCGGGGUUGUCGACGACUUCGCCGAGUAAAGAGGAAUCAUUGCCGCAUCACCCUCAAAUGGGCCCCCCGGUCCCUCCAAAGCCGACAUCACGGCCUGGAAGUGUGCAGCCGCCAGAAGAUGAACCACAAGGCGAAUAUGUCGAAAGACGUGGUGUCCUCCCAGCCUCCGUUCGUCCCAUGGUUAAAGCACAAAAAGAGCAAGACGCCAGAGAGGAGCAAGAACUCAAGGAGCAACAGGAAAAUGGAAUGCCGAAGAAACCGACACCAAAAAGAUUAUUCGACACCAGCAAGGAAAACCUUGAUGUUGUUAGGCCAGACGAGUUGUCGAGAGCCCAUGAAUAUACGAGGGCUGUCGAUCUGGUCAGGAGGGCUGAAUCACCGAAAUGGACGGAUACGAUCGACUCAACAGCUCGCUACAAUCACGAAGAUGUCCGGAUACCAACAAGCUCGGAAGUCAGACAGCCAGAGAGGCCGAAAUGGGAAGAGGAGAUUGAAGAGGCCAGAAAGGCUGCACUCCGCGACGCUGCCCCGUACGGUAGCUACCGUAGCCCAGCACAGGGUCCCGAGAGGAGCAAGAGCGCAUUUGGAGAACGAACCCGAUUCGAUGACGAUGAGUCGUGGACCGACACGAUGCACACGAACGGAUCGCGGCGUACGGGCAGCAGCUAUCGACAGCUGGAUGACAGCAGAUAUGG